CGUGAACAGAAGAUAGAAGAGGAUGAAGAACCCUUGUUAGUUACUCUACCUCAUCAUCUUAGGAAAGGGCAUUUGCUCUUGGGAUGAAGAGCCAGUGGCUCUUCAACUAAAACAUUGCCACGUUUUGAUUUAAUGAUCAUUUGGAUGGAAAAGUUGAAGACAAAGCUUUAAUGUAGUUUUUUUUUAUUUAAUUGAUGUUAAAGAAUUUGCUUAUAGGUUCUUGAAGAUAAAUGUAUGAGAGCCGACUUGGCAAUUUGUGAUGAGGAACACAUUUGGUCGAAUUGUGUGGUAAUAGGGUUUUCUAAACCCGUGAUAGGUUUCAGCUGUUGUUUUGACAGAAAGGGAAUUUCUGAGGAACCUAGGCAAAACUAUUUGGAGAUGCAUUCCAUUUGGAUAGAAGCAAAGGCAGAGGGGAAGCCUGUAUCGGGCUGUGAGAUUGUUCGGAAGGUCCUGAAGAAAAAGGUUGCAAUGCAGGAAACAAGGAGUUAAACCACCUUUUCUGACAACUAAUACUCGUCAUAAUAUACAGAUAUGACAAAA